AUGGAAGAUAAUGGAUUCGAACAGAACGAUGGAAAGUAUGAGCUUGAAAAACGUUCAUCAGAACAAGCUGAAAAAGAAAAGAAAGACCGCGAGGCAAGCCGCGGAGAAAGCUCUUCGACUGUUCACGAUGCAGAGGAGGAUCACAAACAGAGCAUUAAAAAAGAGGAUCUCGAAUCUGAUUCUACGAUAGACCGUAUUGAAAAACUGUUGAUUGAUAUUAAAAAUUUGAUGAUCGAAGAAAAGUCUCAUCGGCCGGUGUCGGAAGACCGUGUUCGUGAAAUGAUUGAGGAACGUCUUCAAGCGAAAAAGUAA